UUUUUGUUAAUGUCUUGAUUUUCAAUCUAAUUGUAGUUUAUUUUCAUCGUUUAAUUGUUUAAUUUAUCUAAUUAAUGUCAAUUUAUAUUCCAUUCUAACAACUUCUCUCUAAUCACCAAUUGGAAUAUUCCAUAGUUUUCUUAUUAUUUUCACUGGUUUUCUAUUCAACUAUAAAUUUACUGUUGGUUAAUUGUGUCACUUUUUGUUUUCUUUUCUUUAUUGUCUUUGUUGUUAAUGUUUUCUAUUUAUUUUAGAUCUUUAUUAUCACAAAUCACAUAGUAUAAUGUUUAAUAAAAUUAAAGGCGCUUUUAUUAACGCUGUUGAUAAUCUCGGUGGACAAUUAGAUCCUAUUGGAGUGACUGGUGAUUCUCCAUAUGCUGCAAGUGGAUCUUCUCGCUUGUCUGCUGAUUCUACUGGUGGAACAGCCCAUGGACCGAAGCCCAUUUUCGCUUUACCUUCUAAUCUAAAACGUAUUUCUAAAGGUUAUGUUUCUUAUAAAUAUAAAUAUUCUCGACCUCAGUUUCUUCAAUUAAAUACCGACGAUGAAAUUCAAGUUUCAGCUGAUCAAAUAAUAAGGCCAAUCAUUGUUCCUCGAGAUAUUGCUAAGCUCUCAUGGAACUCUGGUUAUGCCGAAGCUAUCAAUGCAGGUAAAAGUCAACGUAAUGAGGAUCAAGCUGCAAUUCAUAAAGGACUGUUGCGAGCUGUAAUUUCAUCGGAUAUUCAAAAUAAAAUCGCUGACAUGGUCACCGUUAAACGAGUUAAUAUAUGUCCAACUCGAAUGAUGUCAAAAUAUGUUCCCCCACCAGGACAACAAGCCAAUGUUUCCGGCAAACUCGGUGUCACUGUAACAGACAGUAUUGAUAACGAUAAAGGUGCUGGUAGUAAACAUAAUGAAAACCCUGAUGAUCAUGUUAAAAAUUCAACAGAUGCUGAGAAAAACAGUAAUGAAGAAGGAAAAGAAAAAGAAAAAGGUAAAACUGAUGAAGGUGGUAAUCAAGAUGUCGGAGAAGAUGCUGUUAUUUCUUGUUCCAAUGAAACUAUUACAUCGUCAUCCAAUUCUCAUCAUCCUGAAAAUGGUGAAGCUGUUAAAUCAACAAAUGAAGAGUCGAUAACCUUACCAAUUGUUGAUUCCAGUGUUUUAAAUAAAGUGCCUCUCAACUGGAAUAGAUCAGCGGAUGAUUUGUUGUCACCCACAACCCCCUUACCUUUUUCACCUACCUCAACAACAGCAAAUGAGACAAUUACUCAUUCCAUUGUUUCCACAAUUAAUCCCACCACCACCACUGCCUCAUCUUCAUCAUCAACGGAUAAGGUUGAAGAUUCACUUCCAUAUGUUUAUUUUGGUAUAUUUGAUGGACACGCUGGUUCUGAUGUCGCGGUUGCUGCUGCCAAUAGACUUCAUAAAAUAGUUCAUGAGAAUCUUUCAAGUAUAGCUGAUCUAUUGAUCACCUUUGGAAUCGAAGAUAAUUCAGAGGAAAAUUGUCCCAACGAUAAUAACGAGAAUAACAGUAAAAAUGUUAAAGAAAACACCAAAGGUGUCAUCUAUCAACCCAAAUUUCAUCCAGACACUUACUUUUCAGUCCAUGAUCCAGUUAAAGAUAAAACUAUUUCAGUUGACAAUCUGAUUACUGGAGCUCUUGAGAAAGCAUUUUGGGACAUGGACCAAGAAAUUGAGAGAGAUAAAAUUACCUAUUACAUGCGUGGCGGUUGUACAGCGUUAGUGGCAAUUUUUAUUCUUGGUAAAUUAUAUGUUUCCAAUGCUGGUGAUAGUCGGGCAAUUGUUCAUAAAAAUGGUGAAGUGAUACCGAUGUCUUUUGAUUUUACUCCAGCCUCAGAGAGAACAAGAAUCAAAUACUUGGGAUUAUUACGACCUGAUUUCCUUGGAAAUGAUUUCACUCAUCUAGAAUUUAUCAGACGUCCAAUGAGAAAAGAUAUUGGCAAAGAAUUACUUUACAGAGAUGCUUUCAUGACUGGGUGGGCAUAUAAAACAGUGAAGCCUGAGGAUUUAAAAUUCCCUUUAAUCUAUGGUGAAGGGAAAAGAAGUCGAGUUGCAGCAACAAUCGGUGUUACUCGUGGGUUCGGCGAUCAUGAAUUAAGAGCAGCGAGUAGCGACAUUUAUAUUAAGCCUUUUCUUACACCACAACCAGAGGUUAAAUGGCUUGAUCUUGAAACGGCUAAUUUAAGUGAUAGUGAUGUACUUAUCAUGGGAACCGAUGGACUUUGGGAUGUUACCACUAAUGAAAAGGCCGCUGAGAUCGUUCAAAAGUCGUUAGAUCAUUUCCCCGCCAAUGACCCUCAACGUUUCAAGUAUCGGUACAUAUCAGCGGCUCAGGAUUUAGUUAUGCACUCGAGGGGCAAAUCCAAAGAAAAUGGAAGUUGGAGAACUCACAAUGAGGAACCAGCGACAAUCGAUGAUAUUAGUACUUUUGUCAUUCCAUUGAAACCCUACCAACAAGAGUACAUUAAAUGGAAAGAAGCUCGUCGAUUGGUUCGAUUACAAAGUCAGAACAGUUCUAAUCAAACGAAAACAGUACCAACACCAACAUCAUCAACUACUCAUAAACUUUCAACAGAACAAUCUAAUUAAUUAUCUGCAAUAUCAUCUCAACAAAGUAAUCAAAAUAAUCUCAUCAAUAUCCAUUCCAUUUCAUCAUCAUCUUUAUCAUCUUUACCCUUUGUCUCUCUCUUCAUUUAAUUUAACUAAGUUUCUCAUCUUCUUUUGGGUCUCAAUUAAAAUCGACAGUAAUUAACCAAAGUACUAUCAUCACAUUAAAUGAUAUUCUACUCGAAAAGUAAAUUCUUUCAACAUCUUAUCGAGUUAAGAGUGGAACGAGAGUGAACUGACCUGGACAAGAUUCGACUUCAAGUCUCUUGAUCGUUGGUUCGAGUUUUGUUCUAAGUAUUAAAAUCGACACUUAGAAUGGAAACACUUCCAAUCAAAUAUUGACUUUUCUGUUCUAAACUCAAUGUUUACAUCUCAUCAAUUGAAAUGCUUUUUUACUUUGUUUAAAUUUUUCUUUUCCUUUCUUUUUUCUAUUGCUUGGUUUGCUUAUAAUUCCAAAUUAAUUUAAUCUCUAAUCGAUAUAAGUUUGACUUUUGUCUAUUCUCAAUUGAAUGAUCAUGAUGAUUUAUACUCUAUCAUUAAACUCUACCAAUCGAGUUUAAUUACUUUCUGACGAAAUCAAUCGCACAAAAAAUAACGAGUACUUCUCACUAAUCAACAAAUAAAACUCUUAAUUGUGAUUAUGUCUCA